GCUGUGCCCUGAAGCCGCCUGCAGCAGGGCAGACAUUGGCGCCCUUGCCAGUCCCGCACUCCGGAGGCCGUUAUUCCCACCCGUGACCCGCCCAAAUCGGCUCCGAGGCAGAAUCUGGGUCCAGUCGCCUGGGGUAGUAGCGUGAGGCUGCGGGUGCCCAGCCGCAUUCGAUGUGUAGCGCUGUUAAUUCCGCGGCGCCUGGCUCCAAGGGACCUUUUAGUCAUGAGACGGAUAUUACUAGCAAUCAUCUUGGCUGCUGGUGUGAUGUAUGUUAUACUACACUGCAACCUGUGGAGGACAAACGGCUAUUGGUUGCCCUCUACAGAUACAGAAAGAAAAGGGCAACUAAUAGCUUGUGCUUUAAAAGCUAAUGUUUCAGCUUUCUUAAAGCAGGAAAACUCUCCUCUUCGGACACCUGCCCACACAGUCAGCUUGAAGACUAAGGAGCCAGAAGUGACCUCAGGUUGGCAGGCAGAGAUUCUUCUCCCUGCCUCUCAGCAGCAGAAGGAGCCAGAACUGCAGCAGCAAAGGUCAUGCUGGCAGGCAGGCAGGCAGGGACAACAUCCAAGAGGACAAGGAGUGAAUACAUUGUAUCCCUUCCUGUGCCUUAAUAAUUUUCUGGAUGUGUCUGAACUCCAUGGCAGUCACAGGAUUGAACUACCUUAUGGAAUAAAGAAAGCAGAAAAGUAUUUUCAACUUGCUCUUUCAAGGUUGCAGAGCUGUGGACUCUUCAGAGAAGUUGACAGCAGUUCAUCGUGUAAGAAGUGUGUGGUGGUUGGCAAUGGUGGUGUCCUUCGAAACAAAAGUUUAGGAGAGACAAUUGAUUCCUAUGAUGUGGUAAUCAGAAUGAAUAAUGGCCCUGUUGUAGGCUAUGAAGAAGACGUUGGGAGGAGGACAACAUUUCGGCUCUUCUAUCCAGAGUCUGUUUUUUCAGAUCCAAUUCACUAUGACCCUAACACAACUGCAGUUCUUGUUGUCUUCAAGCCUCAUGACUUAAAAUGGCUUUGGGAUCUGCUCAGUGGUCAGCGUUUAAUAAGAACUAAUGCUUUUUGGAAGAAACCGGCACUGCAAAUGAUAUACAAAUCCAGCCAAAUCAGAAUACUUGAUCCUGCUAUCACUAGAAGAACAGCAUAUGAUUGGCUUCAUUUGCCCUCAAAGUUCUCCAAGCUAGAAAAACCCAAACAUCCCACAACUGGGUUAAUUGCGAUUGCCUUUGCAUUUAACAUAUGCAGUGACGUUCACUUGGCAGGCUUCAAGUACAACUUCAGUGACCGAAACAGUUCUUUGCACUAUUAUGGCAAUGACACCAUGUCUUUGAUGAUUCAGAAUGGAUACCAUGACAUUGCUGCUGAGCAAAAGUUUUUGAAGGAACUCAUGGACCGCAAUAUUGUGGUCAAUUUGACAGAAGAAUAACAAUGGAAGAACAAUCACUAUUUUCAAAUGGAUUGAUUUUUGAGGAUGACUUUUUUUUAUUUGGACUCUUUUUAUUUUUUUAGCCAUUUGCCAAGUUAUUUAAGAAGAAUCAUAUGGAAGCCAUGCUAUGCAUGUCCCCUAAGUACAGCAAAAGCAGAGGAAUACCUCUUGACUGUUAAUAUUUGAUCAGCAAACAACCACCACAGUUAAUUGACACUUGUGAAUUUAUUUGAGGAUGAAAGAAAUGCAAACUUCUGCAACCAUUUCAAAGAUGUGUACCUCAAUUUAUUUAAAAAGAAAACUCUGUGUCUGUUAGUUGGUUCUUUUUUGUCUCCUAACUCCCCUCUGCCUUUCAGGUGAUCACUUCAUGCCUAGACCAGGGGUGGCCAGCUGUUUUUGGACUAUGCCCCCCACCAUCCCCAUCCUCAAUAAAUUUUGGAUGGAGAUGAUGGGAGCUGUAGUCCAGUAACAGCUGGAGACUCUCAGGUUGGCCAUCUCUGACCUAAAUCUUCAGUGAUCUAGAUUUUGGCGGUUUGGGGAGAGGGUCCCUCUGUUAAGGACUAAGUAAGGAGGGUCCCUCUGUAAAGAUCUGAACAUGGAUGAAAAGAGAGGGGUUAAUGGGGGGGAGGUGUCUUGGAGUCCAUUAAUGAGGCAAAUCUUUGUUAAAUUCCUUGAUGUUUUGUGAAGAAAAUCAUUCUCCAGAUUAGAGUAAAGCUGCAAACAUCAACUAAGGCAAUGUAAGCAUUGGUUAAGGGGAGACAGGUGUGAUAGAAAUUGUACAGAUAACUGUUCACUUACAGCAUUUGUUUGCUUUAUAUUUAAUGGUGGGUAGUCUGAUCCUGGCAACAUGAGUCUUGUCAUUGGCAGUGUUAAAAGUACAUGUUAGAGGAAGUUAAGUCUCCUUAUAUAAUGGCAUUCUAGCUGAAUCCAAAGCAGCUGAGCUUCUGGGAUAUCAUAGUGUGGGAUCACUCUGAAACUCCUGCAUCUCAGAACAGUACUGCUGUGUUUCCAUAUGAGCUGAGUUAAUUCAGAUUUCUCCAAGACACUGGGGUGGAUGCUUGGAGCACAACCUGGAGGACACUGGCACACUUGACAUGUAUUCCAAACUGCUAGCACCUCAAAAUUCUGUCGAAUCAUGAAAACCCAAGAUCAUUGCUGUUAUGAUAUUGCAUGUAAACGGUAAGCUAAGAAAUGCUGAGGCAUUGUGCAAAUACAUAUCACCCCUCUUCUCCCUUUCCACUUUCCCAUUCUAUUAGUUUUUCAGGCAUAUGGCUGAGGAUUUUAUCGUUCUGUAAAGGAAAGGAAGUGUAGCAGCUGAUAUGUUGCUUAAAUAAUGCACAGUUAUUUGUUGUAUUAUCUCUGUCCAAGAUCUGCUUGGAAAUUUCACCAAGUUCCAAGUCAAUGAACAAAAUCAAUAUUAUACGUGUUUAACAAAUGUUUGUUUUACAACUUGAAAGCAGAGGAACUGACAUUUGGCCCUCCUCUCCUGUACAUCUUCAGCUGUCUGUUCAUUCAGGUCCCUCACUUUGUUACUCUGUUGUGAGUUUUGCCUGUUGUGUGGUAUGCUAGGGCAGGCAAAACUGCACAGAGGAAGCUUUAACUUCUGAAUUUGACUCUGAUAACAUUUGUUAAAGGAGCAGAAAGCUAAAACUACCUAUUGAUUUCUUCCUGUUUGCAGCUGUUAAAGGUCAAAGAAACCUGCCCCCCACCAAAAAAUGUCGGCAAUACCUUGUAGCUCACAUCUCCAUUUCUUCCCUUAUUUGCGUUCUGUAUCCUUAAAAUAUCUAGAAUACACACCCAAAAUUAGCUGGUGAACAUCUGACAUGGAGAUAAAGCCAUGGCAAAAGGUUAAUCUGCUUGGUUACAGUAUGUUGGACUGCUGUUGAAGGUACAGCUGCCCACCCAGCAUUUCCUAGAACUGAUUAGCCAUGUACAGUUUUCAGGAGCAAAUUAGUGAGCAGGGCCCAAUGGAAAUCUAGGAGACUUAUGGGAUCAUAUUCAGAAAUGUCAAGUGAAUAUCACUUCACAACUCUCCCCAAAAACCUAAUUAUUUUUUAAGUGCCAACUAUUAUGUCUGAAUUGGUCCAAAUUGCAAAACUCACACCCUAAGAAUACGGCUUCCAAACCUAUGUGGCUUAUUCUGCAGGACCCACUAGCAUGCUCUUCUUCACCAAAGGAAGGGUCUAUUUAUCUAAGCCAAAUAACACAAUGUUUCUUCCAAGGAAGAUGUUUCUGUGUCUCUGAAUCUAUUUGCCUUUCGUUUUAAUAACACCAAUUUUCCAGUUAGGUAGAGCACUUUUGAAAAGCGUUGGCUUCCUGAUCUGUUGUCUGUCUUCAUAUUCUUCCAUGAUGUACUCUUUUCUUAGCAAUUGCUGCAUCAUAUUUAAGGGGCUUCCCUACCCCCACACCUGUGCUUUUAUUUUCAUACAUAGUAAAGGUAGUUUAGGUUUUAGUGGGUGGGAACUGAGAGUUGGCAUAUGUGACAAAGUGGGUAUACAUGCCUUGCUGUAUUGAUUUCUCUGCUCAAUAUAAAAAUCAUUUAACAUCAUUAUGUCUGUAGGCACUGGGACAUCCUGAAAGAAAAAAACAGCAAAGGAAAAAGAUCUGUGAAAGGAAAUGACCCCAAUUUAUCUUUCCAUUGAUUUGCACCUGGUGUAGCCAUUUCCACUUAUUAAAAAAUGAGCAAAAAUAAUAAAUGUCCAACCAUUUAUACUUUGUAUGCACUCCACACAACAUUUGGAUAUCUAAAUUUUGCAUUUUUGAAUUGUAAAAUCUGCUAUUCACGUAAGACAGUUUAACCGGCUACCUUGAUUUGUCCUACAAGUAUACCAGUUGUGCCGUAAGCUUUUAGGUGUCUAUUUUGGGCCAUUUAUUUUGAAUUCUACUUUAUUCUUAUAUAAAUCCCACAAUAGUAUAGUUUAGGCAGAGAUUCAGUGUCCAGGCAAUUUUGCAGUAUUCUCAUUCCUCUGGAUAUAAAGACAUUUCAGAAGACUUCCUUCUUUCUCUCCUCCCCUGCCUCCCUCCCCACUACUUUCAUUUGCCACCUAGAGCAUUAUAGAUUGUCAGAGGUUUCCAACUGAUGGUACUCCGGAUGUUGAAAAACUACUACUCCCAUCACCCCCAGCUACAAUUUAUUGUGGCUAUGGAUGAUGGGAGUUGCAGUUCAGCAAUAACUGGAGUACUGUUGGUUGGGUAUCCCUGGAUUAAGUGAUUAAAUGCAGCAUCAAACUAUUGUGCAACCUAGCAGUAUUUCACCAAAAGUCUAGUUUUGCUUUGAUUCAGGUUUCUGAAGAGCAUCUUUUGACUUUGCCAGGUUCUAGGCUGGGGUCUUGAGAUAAUGAGAUAAGCAGUGUCUUUUUUUUUGGAAAGUAGUUUCUUGUUUUUAAAAUUGGUUCGAUAAGUUAGGAAAAUAGUCAAAUAUGGGGUGGGAAUGAUGGCUCUGAUGAAAGUCUUGAACUUUCCAGGAUCCUGCUGUACUAAUGUUGAAUUUGUUAAUGUCAAGCAGAGACAUAGAGGUCAUUCAAACAGUCAAAAAAUGUGUUCUACCCAGGUUUGGGAUCUGUGUGUGCUUCCAAUAUUUGGUUGUGUGCAAGGUAAGAGGAAAACCAGGGUAGAAGUGAUUGUGUGGAAGCAAGGUAGGGGGGAAAAAGUACCCAGGUCACUUCUACCCAGGUUUUCCUCCUAUCUGGCUUCCACAACCAAAUUGGGAGCACACACAGCUACCAAAUCGUAGAACACAGCUUUUGAUAGUGUGCAUGACCUUAUAAUUAUCACCUGAAAUGUAUUAGCCCUAUUUGGGAGGGAAAACAAAGGGGUGCAAUUAUAACAUAUGUAAAAUACUUGUCUUUUCCCCCUAUCUUGUCUUAAUUUUCUUAACAUUGAAAAUGUAGUAUUUUUAUACAUUGUGUGAGUUUGUAAAAACAUUUUUUCUAUCUUGAUAAAUUAAAAUGUUUGUGACUUUUGAGCUUGUUUUGAUGUCUGUGGACCCAAAUCCUGGCCAUUAUUAUUUGUUUAAAAUCGAUUUUGAAUGUUGUGAAUUUAAAGAGACUUAUUUUUGCUAUAAUAAAUGCAUUAAAAUAU